UAUAUAAUACUUAUUUCAUAGUAUAAUGGAGAAAUCAAGGAAUUCUAGUAGUCAUGUAGAUUUGGUUGUGAAUGAAGACAACAACACAAAAUUGCUAAGAGCUCAAGCCCACAUAUGGAACCAUAUCUUCAAUUUCAUCAAUUCCAUGUCCCUAAAAUGUGCAGUUGAAUUAGGCAUACCAGAUAUUAUCAAUAACCAUGGAAAACCCACGACCAUUUCUCAACUCACACUUGCACUCCUCAUCAACAAAAACAAAUCUCAUUGUCUUUAUCGCCUUAUGCGACUUUUAACCCACUCUGGCUUUUUCGCUUUAGAAAAAAUCAAAAUAAAAGGAGAAGAAGAAGAAGAAGGUUAUGUAAUUACUGAAGCCUCCAAAUUACUCCUUAAGGACAAUCCCAUGAGUGUCACACCCUUAUUGCUAGUCCUGCUCGAUCCUACCUUAACCAAACCUUAUGAUGUUCUCAGCACUUGGUUUCGAAACGACGAUUCCACCCCGUUUGUCACGACCAACGGAAUGGCGAUUUGGGAUUAUUAUAGCCAUGAACCAAAACUAGCACAAAGUUUCAAUGAAGCAAUGGCUAGUGAUGCGCGAUUGGUGACAAGUGUACUAAUUGAGAAGUGUAAGGGAGUGUUUGAGGGAGUUGAUUCGUUGGUUGAUGUUGGAGGAGGCACUGGGACUGUGGCCAAGUCUAUUGCAAUAACAUUUCCUCAAAUUCAAUGUAGUGUUUUGGAUUUACCACAUGUUGUAGCUGGUUUACAAGGUGAGAAGAAUCUCAACUUCAUUGCUGGGGACAUGUUUGUUGAAGUUCCUACUGCUCAAGUAGUUUUGUUGAAGUGGAUAUUACAUGAUUGGAGCGACGAAAAUAGCGUCAAAAUACUAAAAAAAUGCAAAGAGGCCAUAACCAAAAGCGAGAAGAAAAUUGGAAAGGUAGUUGUCAUCGACAUGAUUAUUGAAAAUGAGAAAGAUGAAAUCGAUGAUGAAUCAUAUGAAACUCAACUCUUCAUGGAUAUAGAACUAAUGACUUUGUUUAGUGGACGAGAGAGAAAUGAGAAAGAAUUGUCUAAGCUCUUUAAAGAUGCUGGGUUCUCUCAUUAUAAAAUUACUCCUAUUUUGGGUCUAAGAUCUCUCAUUGAGAUUUAUCCAUAAUUAAUAUAAAUAAGUUAUAAUGUUCUCUCAUUGAGGUCGAUCCAUAAUUAAUGGUUGGCAAUGUAAUAAAAAUAUAUAAAUUAUUAAUCUAUGAGUUAUAAUUAUAUGUAAUAACUCAAAUGGGGGAACAAAUAUCUUCCGUUGAAGAUUUCUCAUUGAGUUUGAGACUUUAUGUUCUAUCUAUAAUUAAUAUAUAAAUAAGUUGUAAUGUUAUUUUUAUGAUUUUAUCAAUUAAUAAUGGUUGGUAUUGUAAUAAAGAUAUUUAAAGUAUUAAUCUAUGACUUAUAUAAUUAUAGAGGGAAUUACAUUUACUAUGGGAUUUUAAAAGUUCUUAUGAUAAAUAUGGCACAUUUAAGUUUGACCAAUUUAUAUAAUAUUUUUUUUUUUA